UUAGUCUCUUCCUCAGCCGCUACUACUUCUCAAAAGGCAUAUUCUUCAUACAAACCCAAUUCACUACAAUCAUGGCGGAAAGAGGAGUUGGAGAGCGCGGCGCUGACCGUGGUGGUUUCGGCCGCGGCUUCGGACGCGGUGGAAGGGGUGGAGACCGUGGUAGGGGCCGUCGUCGUGGACCUCGUCGCGAUGAAGAGGAGAAAUGGGUUCCCGUUACUAAGCUCGGACGAUUGGUGAAGGAUGGAAAAAUCCGAAGCUUGGAACAGAUCUAUCUGCACUCGCUCCCAAUCAAGGAACACCAGAUUGUCGAUCAAUUGGUUGGACCCUCAUUGAAAGAUGAGGUCAUGAAGAUUAUGCCUGUGCAGAAACAGACUCGUGCUGGACAGAGAACCAGGUUCAAAGCUUUUGUCGUUGUUGGAGAUGGAAAUGGUCAUGUCGGACUUGGAGUGAAGUGCAGCAAGGAGGUGGCGACGGCUAUUCGCGGCGCUAUCAUUCUUGCUAAAUUAUCUGUGAUCCCGGUUAGGAGAGGUUAUUGGGGUAACAAGAUUGGAAAGCCUCACACUGUUCCUUGCAAGGUCACCGGAAAGUGUGGAUCCGUUACUGUCAGGAUGGUUCCUGCUCCUCGUGGUGCUGGUAUUGUUGCUGCUCGUGUGCCCAAGAAGGUGCUCCAGUUCGCUGGUAUUGAGGAUGUCUUUACCUCUUCUCGUGGAUCAACUAAGACUCUUGGAAACUUCGUGAAGGCUACAUUUGAUUGUCUUCUGAAGACCUAUGGAUUCUUGACUCCUGAAUUCUGGAAGGAAACACGAUUCUCAAGAUCCCCAUAUCAAGAAUACACAGAUCUGUUGGCAAAGCCCACAGGGAAGUUGGUCACCCUUGUUGAUGAAUCUUCCGAGAGAGUUGAUGCUUGAAGAAUGUUUUGUUCUAUUCCUUAAAUCUUCAUAAUGGUAGUUUUUCAUUCCUUCAAACUGAUCUGUUGAACUUUCCCUUUGUUUGAGUGAUGUUUUUAGUCAAAUUUGGUUUCAAUUUUGAAUGAAUUGAUUAUAUUUUGUUUAGACGAAUGAUUGUUGGAUAUUUAAAUUGUCUAUUUCUACUA